UCAAAUUGUACGUACACAUAUAGCUAUUCUGCACAAAUAUGUUAUUGUACGUGUAAAUCGAUACGUAAUACACAUAACAAAUGGAGGAUAUAGUUUUAAGUUUCUAUAUUAAGACUACACAUCGAGGCUUUUGCCAUGACAACCAAACACCAUGGACAUCAUGGGCACCAUACAGGACCAACACACGAACCUGUGGAACACGAAUCCCUUCAAUUCAAAUAUGAUCCUCAUUCGAUGACGCUGAUGAUGGUUGCUCCUCAUAUGUGCUACCUGUAUACAGCAACAGGGUCCCAGUUGACGGAAGUACACACCGCACAUGGACUUCAUACCAUGGAGAUGGAAAUGAUAAGACUAGUUGAUGAUACAACAACCACCCACACUACUAUCUCACAUGAUGACCUUAUGGCUAUGAGCAAGCCCCUAGCUCAUACGUGUCAUAACGCUAAAUCUGUAAUAACUAAACUGAAUUAAAGAUUUGAAAUUAA